CUAAAGUCACGUGAGGUGUUAUUUUCACAACGAUGCAUUUGUUGCACCGACCCGAUUCAUUUAACACAUUCACAGCUUAGAAAUCUGUGUCUCGGUGACCGUUAAAACGCAAACGAGUUGUUGACAUGGAUGAAGACGGAUUACCCAUUGUGGGAUCAGGAGUAGAUCUUACAAAGGUUCCAGCCAUUCAGCAGCGAAGAAUCAUAGCUUUCCUCAACCAGUUCAUCGUCCACACCGUCAGGUUCCUGAACCGGUUUUCCACAGUAUGUGAGGAGAAACUUGCAACAGUAUCACUACGAAUUCAGCAGAUUGAAACCACACUAAGCAUUUUGGAGGCAAAGUUAGCUUCUAUUCCUGGUUUGGAAGAAGUGACAGUGGAUGGAGUCAGACCGUCUACAGAGACAAACGGCCCUGCAGCGGAUGGCAGUCGUGCCACGGGCCCCUCUUCAGGUCCUCCUGUAGAGGCAUCCCAGCAAGCACAAGUGGCCCCUCAGGAGCAAAAAGCAGAGGCCCCAGCAGAAAACAUGAUGACUGUAGCCAAGGACCCACGAUAUGCCAGAUACCUGAAAAUGGUGCAAGUGGGUGUUCCAGUCAUGGCUAUUAAAAAUAAGAUGGUAAUGGAGGGUUUGGACCCCAGUUUGCUUGAUACCCCUGACGCACCUGUUCCAGAUAGUGUCAAAAAAGGAUUGGAGGAGCAAGAUGAUGACAGCUCAGGCAGCGAAUCAUCUUUCAGCGACUGAUUGGCUCCGCCCCUCACUGCUAAUGAGCGUUGUGUAGGACUGGCCCGUGAAGGCCAGCAUGAGCCUUGCUCAUCUCAAAGCAGGGUAAAUGCACUUGAAUGUUCUUACAGAGGACAGACACUUAGUGAUGGCACUAAGAUUAUUACAUUUCGGAGAUUUGACAUCUGUAGUGGUGGUGUAUGAGGGCACUUGCUCACUAGGUGAGAUCGCUAAUGUAUGUGUUGAUUAUUAUUGUAAGUCUAACUGCUGCUCUCAUAUGAAUAUCUCAUCUCUUGCCUGACAUGUACAUGUUAAAUGCAUAAUAUGUACAUCUAAUAAUGAUAAAAAAGAUGCCAGGUAGUGUUUUUUAUGAAAUAGACACAAGCAGCCUUGUAUAUCUGUUCAUAAAUUGAUUUUUAAAAUCAUCUUAAGUUGCAACCAACUUUGAAUCACAGUAAUAUCAAUAACAAAAAUGACAUAAAGCCCUAUUUGUUAGAUUUGUUGAGUUUCUAAUAAUACUGAUCAUGUUGCACAGUCAUUACAGAUUUGCUUAUACUGUCUUUUCCAAAUCUAACUUGUUAUUAAAAGUUGUUAUAUCUGA